AUGACAUCGCCAACGCGGCCAACGCGAAACCACCCAACUCCAAAACCGACGUGGGAACCGGCCGUAGCAUUUUUCCCUAUCUCGGCCGGCAGACUCCGCACGCCGAAAUCCGUGCCCCUCAGGCUUCCAGAACAGCGUCCGUCUUUGCUGACGGGUCCACUUCGGCACUACUCUGCGGCUCUGGGAGCUCCCUGGUGUGGAGACGGAUGUGCGCCAGGGACCCAGUCGCCUUCUCCCCGGCCUCGAUGGCCAGUCAUCGUGCCCGCGCAGACUCCACGCGAAGGCGGGAACGAAAAUGCCCUGUCGGCGUUCGAGUUCGAGGUGUACCGUGUAGAAUGCCUCCCUCUUCCCGCCAGGACGGACUGUACGGUGUAG